AUGGAUGAAAGAGGAGUUGUGACUAGAAACAAAGCAAGAUUAGUAGCUCUUGGAUAUAGACAAGAAGAUGGAAUUGAUUAUAAUGAAACCUUUGCUCCUGUAGCAAGACUGGAAGCCAUCAAAAUGUUUUUGGCUUAUUCUGCACACAAGGGAUUUAAGGUUUAUCAAAUGGAUGUGAAAAGUUUUGAAAGUUCAAAGUUUCCUAAUCAUGUGUUUAAGCUUGACAAGGCCCUCUAUGGUCUCAAACAAGCUCCAAGAGCAUGUGAUUGCUCACCUAUGAAAACUCCUAUGGGAACUGGUGAUAAGCUUAGUGAAGAUAAAAGUGGAAAACCCACUGAUGUCACUGCUUAUAUGGGAUGCAAGAUUGAUAGAAAAAGUACUUCUGGAGCUUGUCAAUUGCUUGGCAACAGACUUGAAGUUGUUGUUCACAAGUUUUGUGGAUGCAAUUUCAACUUCAAGACUAUGGUGUCACUGCCUCAAAAACUCCAAUAUUUACACAUCACUGAGCUUGAACAUGGGAUGUAUUUUGCAAAUACAAGAGGGCAACUAGUCUUUCAGAGAACUGCAGAGAUCAGGCAGGCAUUGUGUGAUUAUUAUAUUGAUAUUAAUGGUGGAUUUAGGCAUUGUGUGAUUAUUAUAUGGAUAUUUUAUCGUGAUCCUUGUCUGAGAGAUCACUCUUCCAAUGCGGUUGAACUUAGGUUAAAGUUGUGGCUUCAGGAAGAGCGUUUGCCCAAAAAGAAAGGCUUCAUCAAUAUCAAUGCUUCCACUCUUGAGAAGGAGAUACCGCAGAACCUAAAUGCGAUAAUUGCGGAUAUAUUGUCUGAUGACUCCGUUACCCAACUUGAUGCCAAUACUCAUAUUUGUACCCUUUUAUCUAUAGAUGACAACCCUCCCAUUGAACAAGUUGUUCAAUCAAAGACACUUGAUCGUCUUGUCGAGUUUCUUCCCAGUGUCGAUUUGUCCCCUAAAUUGCAACUUCAGGCAGCUUGGUCUCUAACUAACAUUGCUUCCGGGACAACUCAACAAACUCAAGCUGUAAUCGAUAGUGGUGCCAUACCAAUACUUGUAAAGCUUUUUUUCUCCGCCACUUCUGAUGUUUAUGAGCAGGCUGUUUGGGCCCUUGGCAAUAUUACGGGAGACUCCCCUCAAUGCCGUGACCAUGUUCUUGGAUUUUGUGCCUUGAAGCCUUUGCAGGCCCUGUUACAAGAUCAUAUGCCACUUCCUAUAAAUUUGGGUGUUUCCAACUGUUAAGCUGUUACUUGUCUUGUGCAGUUUGUUUCAAAUCUAAAUAACGUUAUUUAGAUGUGGAAUGGUUAACAUUAGAAUUGUAAAUGAGUUUGUAUUUGAAUUAAAUGCGUUGUUUUAAUAAAUAUUAAAUGCGUUAUUUUGAUA